AUGGCUUUUGCAUUAUUAUCAUCACCAUCACUUGUCUCAAUUUAUGACAAAACCUUUAUUAAACCUUCUUCUCUCACCCCUCCUACACUUAGACUUCACAAGUUAUCUUUUGUGGAUCAAUCCUUCAGUAAUAUGUAUAUUCCUUUUGCAUUUUUUUACCCUAAAGUAGAAGAAAGAGAAGAGUCAAAUAAUUCUCAUGAACUUUCCCAUAUAGCUCACUUGCUACAAACAUCUCUAUCACAAACUUUAGUCUCUUACUAUUCUUACGCUGGAAAAUUGAGAGACAAUGCUAUUGUUGAUUAUGCCUUUCGAGCUAAGGUGGCAGUAGAAUCAGGAGUAGAAAACCCAACACGGGCUGAAGUUAUUAGCGCGUUGUUUUUCAAAUGUGCAACAAAGGCAGCAUCAAGUACUACAACUACUUCAAAGUUGGUUCACUACUUAAACGUACGUACUAUGAUGAAACCUCGUCUACCUCGAAGUGCCAUUGGAAAUGUCUUGUCACAAGACAUUGAGUUACCAACGUUGGUUCGUAAUUUAAGGAAGGAAGUUGAGGUCGCGUACAAGAAAGAUCAAGUCGAACAAAAUGAACUUAUCUUAGAAAUAGUUGAAUCCAUAAAAAAAGGAAAAAUACCAUUUGAGGAUGAAAAUUGUAGUGUGUAUUUUUGCAGCAAUCUUUGUAAAUUCCCAUAUUACAAUGUAGAUUUCGGAUGGGGAAAACCUGAAAGAGUGAGUAUACCAAAUGGUCCUUUUAAGAAUAUAUUCUUCUUCAAGGAUUAUCAAAAUGGACAAGGCGCUGAGGCGCGGAUAAUGUUGAAGAAACAUCAUAUGUCUGCAUUUGAACGCGAUGAGGAACUUCUUGAGUUAAUAGACUCACCUCCAUGUCUUUAGGAGUUUUAUGUGUGUCUGUGUCUUCUCUUGAGUUUGAAGUCUGAAUAAAAAAAAAAAAAAAGUCUUUCCAUCUAUUCAAGGUUGCGU